AUGGAGCUGCUGACGCGGCCGGUGCUGCUCUUCCUGGACGAACCGACGUCCGGCCUGGACUCAACCACCGCCCUGAGCCUGUGCCGUCUGCUGCGCGGCCUGGCGGACUCCGGGGCCUGCACGGUCAUCGCCACGCUGCACCAGCCGCAGACCAAAAUCUUCCAGCUGUUUGAGGGCCUUAUUCUGCUGCGCGGCGGCGCCGUCGUGUACCAGGGCCCUGCGUCAGAGGCCCUCGCAUACUUUGAGGACGCCGGCCACAAGUGCCCGGAGCUGACCAACCCGGCGGACUUCCUGAUGGAUGUGAUCAUGCCCAACAGCGGCGACAUGGGCGGCAGCACGUGCUCCCUCGACACCAAGGCCGCGGUCCUAAGGCACCAGCUGGCGCGGGACGUGUCGGUCGUCUGGAGGGAGGCCAGGCCGCCUGUGGCGCUGCGCGAGGUGGUCCCCUGGAGCCGCCAGUUCACGGUGUUGCUGGAGCGCUCCUUCAAGGAGAAGAUGCGCCAGCGCGACGUGCUGCUGACUCAGCUGGCGCAGUCGGUGGCAAUGGCGGUGCUGAUCGGUACCGUCUUCCUGCAGAUCGGCACCAACCAGACUAGCACCACUCGCCGUCAGCCGGUGCUGUUCUUCUGCGUGAUCAACCAGGGCAUGUUCGGGGCGCUGCAGAUCACUGCCGAGACGCUCUUCCAGCUCCCCAUGCCCGUCAUCUUCAGCAUCAUCGUCUACUGGCUGGUCGGCCUGCAGGCCGUGGCGUCCAAGUUCAUUAUCUUCACCUGCUUCAUGGUGCUGUGCUCCCUCUCUGCCACGUCCCUCGCCCUCUUCGUCAGCGCCUGGUGCCGCACCACAGAUCUGAGCGUGACAGUGCUGCCCCUGGCCCUGGAGAUUUGCCGCCUGUUUGGCGGCUUCUUCCUGCCGCCCGCCAGCCUGCCAAAGUACUUUGUGUGGCUGGACGCGCUGUCCUACGUCAAGUACAGCUACGAGGGCGUCAGCCUCAACGAGCUGGACGGCCUGGUGGUCACCUGCACCCCGUCUCAGCUGGCGCCAGACGGAAGCUGCCCCAUCACCAGCGGCCAGCAGACCAUCGACAAGCUCGGCCUGGGGUACAUCAACAUCUGGGGCGCGGCCCUGGCGCUCAUCGGGUUCAUCAUCGUCACGCGCGCCCUGGCCUAUGUGGGGGUGCGCAAGAUCAAGUGGUGA